AUGCCCGAACUGUUACUUUGGCCACUCAGCUUACUCCAAGGACUGCCCAGUGUGGAAACAGGAGGUUGCCGUGAAGAAGUACAAGCUUCAAAUUCGUUCAACGUUGCCACUAAUCAGUCUCAUGAUGACAUACUUUAUGCUGUCAGUGAUGAUGAUGAUGAGACUUGUAUUGAUCUACAAACUGAAACCCUAGCAUUACAAUUAGGGAAGAAAUACUCUAACCCGUGGGUUAGACUUGUUACUCGGAAUCUUGAUAUAAUUAAAGAUUUGAUAGUUUCGAUACUGAAUUAUAAUUUUGAGGAAAUAGACGCUUUAUCAUUUCAAGCGUUUAUUGUUCGAGAUAGAACGAUAGACAUCCACUUUGAGGUACAGGAUAAAUAUGUGCACUAUAUAUUCUUAGAAAGUACCUUGUUGUCUCAUAUCUGCUCAAUAACAAUCAGCCUAGGUCAAAAUGUGGCAUUAAAACAGGAUGUCUUUUACAGUAACUCAGAAACUUUAUUGCAAAACAGUGCUAGCGUUUUUAAAUACUCACAAGCUACAGAUGGUUUUGACACAUGUAUAGAAGACAGCACAGAAUACAGGGCAUUGCACUGGAAAAUAUUUUUUCAGCCCACUUUUGUAAACAAAAUGUUUAUAUAUUAUACAGACUUAUUUGAAGAUGCGCAAGUUAAUUUUGUGGUUAAGAAAUAUAAUGACUACGGAGAAAUAUAUGACAAGGUCACUACGACAAUGGAGCCAUACAGAAAAAAAAUCAUAUAUGUGACUCACAAGCAAGCCCUUGCUAAAUCUUUCACAAUGACCGCAAAGAAUGUAACGACUAAUGCCAGCUUACCAUUUUUACUUUGUGAACUAGAAACUUAUAGUGAAUGUCAUGCUGGUACAUGGGGUGUACAUUGUCAAAAUUCUUGUAAUGCCAACUGCCCAAACAAGUGCCGCUUUGAUGAUGGACUCUGCAGUGACACUUGCUAUGGGUUUAGUGACCCGCCAUUCUGUAAUACAGUCUGCAAGCAUGGCUUUUGGGGCUUCAACUGCAAAAAUGCAUGUAGCAAACAAUGCAUCAACUCAUCGUGUGACAGGGCAACUGGAAUGUGUCAUCAUUGUAUUGGAUACAUUGACCCAUUGACAUGUACAUUCUUUUAAUGGCAGUUUGAUUUUUACGACUCUACAUUUUCCCAGGAAAGCUAAACAGGUAUGUUGAGACAUGUAGAUAUUAUAAUUCUUAAUUUGACAUUAAAAUGCACAUGUUAAUGUGUAUGCAAUAUUUAAAUAAAACAAGUAUUUUACAUGUAACUUUCCAUGCCCCGGUAUGGUGUUAAUUUUAAGCGGCAGACAUUGUAAAGUUGAAAACCAUGUCCGCUUAGUCUGGCUUGAAUACACCGAAUGACUACACAACACACAUUUCGUGAACACAUUCUUACGGACGAGUUACAAGCACAUGUAAACAUAAGAACGACAAC